AUGACCAUCCUGUUAAACACAGCUGGAACCUUCUUCCCAAWUGCCAAGAURAAGAACAUGAAGGUGACUGUGCUGCUCCUGAUGCAAAGCAUGGUAGCACAGGCUACUACCACAGUGGCAUCAACACAAGAGAUCCCUCUUCUCAGUACAUCACUUCAGCAUCUGACUCAGCCUAGCAAGACGACUAGCCACUUGUAUACUACUCCAAAGCUAUUUGCCAAUGUGUCUGGCUCUCUGGAUGACCAUGGAACUUGUCAGUGCUCUGUGUACUUGCCAGAUACCACCUUUCCGGUGCAGAAGGUUGAAGUACUCGAAAAGAUAGCUACAACACUUACGGAGAAAUUUGAACGUGAGCUUUCUCAAGUGAAGGAGUACACGAAAGUGAUUGAAAUAUAUCAACAGAAAAUCGUUAAUCUAACCAUCAGAGUAGAAUAUAUGGAGAAGAACAGCAUAUCUUACACAGAGCUGGACUUCGAGUUACUGAAAGUGGAAAUCAUUGAACUGGAGAGACUGGUCACUCAGCUGAAAUCCAGUGUUGUUGGAAGCAAUGUUAUUGUUGAACAAAUAUAUCUGGAGAUCACAAAUCUGACUAUCCUGGUAAAUGAAUUGGAAUCAUUGGACAAAAACAAUAUCCUUGCAAUUCGACGACAAAUUACAUCUCUGCAGAAUCGAUUGAAAGAGUGUGAGGAGAGCAGAAACCAAACUACAGUUCCUCCCUAUAUCCCACCAGGUAGCUGCAUUCACCGUGGACCGAUGAAUAUUAGCCAGCCCUAUGUUGUAAAGCUGAACUGGAGAGGAUUUUCCUACAAAUAUGGUUCCUGGGGUAGAGAUUACUCUCCUUCUAAUCUGGAGGAAGAAGUCUAUUGGGUUGCACCAUUGAAUACAGAYGGGAGAUAUCUGGAAUAUUAUAGAAUUUAUAAUUCCUUUGAUAAUUUGUUGCUGUUUGCACCAACGUAUGAAAAUAGAAUAAAAUAUGGGGAAGGCAGUGGUGCUGCUCUUUAUAAUAAUUUUUUCUACUAUCAUGCUUACAAUACAAGAAAUAUGGUGAAGCACAAUGUAAAAACAAACUCCAUAGAUUUGAGUAAGGCCCUUCCAGAUGCUGUUAUUGGUAGCCGCUUCUCUUACGCAGGUGUAUCAUGGCAAGACAUAGACUUUGCCGUGGAUGAAGGUGGAUUAUGGGUAGUGUAUUCAACAGAAAAUAGCAUGGGUAACAUCGUGAUUAGCAAACUCAAUGAGACCACACUUGAUGUGCUGAAUACUUGGCAGACAAGACAGUACAAGCCAUCUGUUUCCAAUGCUUUCAUGAUAUGUGGUGUUCUGUACGCCACAAGGACACUCAGUACUAGGAAAGAGGAAAUCUUCUACAUGUAUGACACAAGUACUGGCCACGAAAGUACUAUUAGUAUUAUUAUGGAUAAAAAAUUAGAUACAAUCCAGAGUAUAAAUUAUAACCCCAUAGAUCAAAGACUGUAUGUUUACAACGAUGGUUAUCUUCUAAGGUAUGAUCUGACCUUUCAACCUUAGUAUCUCAGGGAUACAACCAGGUGGUAAAAUUGGGCAGCAACUAAAACGAGAGAUCCGAAAUGCCUUUUCUCAAAGUUAAUACCAGUUUAGAGUUCAUUUGGUCUGAUAAACAGUAUCUACUGGAUGUUAUAUAUAUUACUUUGAUUAGUCUCCUUAAGGGA